ACGGUCGCCAUGAUGAGCUGGGAUUUUGCCUGCAGCAGCGAGCAGUAGCUGGAAGACGGCAAGCGACCAGGGAGGCAGUGUCCUGGAUUGGUAGAAGCAAGAAUAUAGCUUAUUUUUUUUCUUCUUCUUGACAGGAAAGCUUUCAACCCGUCCGAGAAACCGCAUUUUCGACGGAUACAGCAAUGGACAUCUACUCGAACCAUCGUUUUAAACUGUGAAGAGGGCCCAGGCAGAUGAUUUUAGAUUUGGAAUUAAAAGAAAAAACUAGCUAGCUAAGCCUUUCGCCCUUCCAUUCCUCAGACUCAAACAGAGGAGGGGCAUUGGGGCUUUGUAGCAUUGCAGAUCUAGUGUUGAUGCAUAUUUUUUUGGGUCGCUGCAGAAUUGAUAACCACAGAUAAUAACUCAGGGGAUUGCUAUAACUGCAUUGUCACGGGUAAUAUUUUCAUUGCUUGGAUUUUUGCCAGGAGAAGACCAGAAAAAAAUACGAAAGGAAAUAAUACCAGCGGCUUUCAUUAGGCUAACAAUACGUCAAAAUCUGCCGGCCAGGGCAGGGUCUGGUAAUUGUGAAUUUUUUAUGUGUCUUGGGGGAAUAGAUUAGCUAACUAAAUAAAAUGAGGAAAAUGUACAUGUCUCGCACAACUCCGAGAUACUCUAUCGAUACCUUUUGUGAGAGGUGGAUCAUGAUAGAUCUGUUUUAGCUCGCUAGUAACUUGCUUGGAUCAAAACUUCAAAGUUUUUUUCCCCUCAUUUUGCUACAAGGUGAGACAAGCUAGACUCAUUUCUGUUCAUCACCGGUAAGCCUGAAAUAUAAGGCUUAACUAUUUAAGCGAGUUUCUAUCAUUUUCCCUACUACCAUCACCAGACUACAGUUCGAAUCAUGUCGGGAGAGGUCCGUUUGAAGAAACUGGAAAAGCUGAUCCUGGACGGCCCAGCUCAGUCAAAUGGCCAAUGCCUUAGUGUGGAAACGCUAUUGGAUAUCCUUAUCUGCCUUUAUGAUGAGUGCAACAACUCACCCCUCAGAAGAGAGAAAAACAUAUUGGAGUUUCUAGAUUGGGCCAAACCGUUCACUUCCAAGGUGAAACAGAUGCGCCUGCACAAAGAGGACUUUGAGAUCCUCAAGGUGAUUGGACGAGGAGCCUUUGGAGAGGUUGCUGUGGUCAAAGUGAAGAAUGCAGACAAGGUGUUUGCCAUGAAGAUCCUCAACAAGUGGGAGAUGCUGAAGAGAGCAGAGACGGCAUGUUUCCGGGAGGAGCGGGACGUGCUGGUGAACGGGGACAGCCAGUGGAUCACCACCCUGCACUACGCCUUCCAGGACGACAACAACCUGUAUCUGGUGAUGGAUUAUUAUGUGGGUGGGGACCUGCUCACCCUGCUUAGUAAGUUUGAAGACAGGUUGCCGGAGGACAUGGCUAGAUUCUACCUAGCUGAGAUGGUCCUGGCUAUUGACUCAGUGCACCAACUGCACUAUGUCCACAGGGACAUCAAGCCAGACAACAUCCUGAUGGACAUGAACGGCCACAUCCGCUUGGCUGACUUUGGCUCCUGCCUUAAACUCAUGGAGGACGGCACGGUCCAGUCGUCGGUUGCCGUGGGGACCCCGGACUACAUCUCUCCGGAGAUCCUGCAGGCGAUGGAGGAUGGGAAGGGGAAGUAUGGUCCUGAGUGUGACUGGUGGUCCCUGGGGGUGUGCAUGUACGAGAUGCUGUAUGGGGAGACCCCAUUCUACGCUGAGUCAUUGGUGGAGACCUACGGCAAGAUCAUGAACCACAAGGAGGAAUUAGGUGCUGCUGAGCGUUUCCAGUUCCCCCUGCAGAUGACGGACGUGUCCGAAGAGGCCAAGGACCUUAUCCGACGCCUCAUCUGCAGCCGUGAGCACCGCCUGGGCCAGAACGGCAUCGAGGACUUCAAAUCUCACCCCUUCUUCUCUGGCAUCGACUGGGACAACAUCCGUACGUGCGAGGCCCCUUACAUACCAGAAGUCAGCAGCCCCACAGACACGUCCAACUUUGACGUGGACGAUGACUGUCUCAAGAACUCGGAGACGAUGCCCCCUCCCUCUCACACGGCCUUCUCUGGACACCACCUGCCCUUCGUAGGCUUCACCUACACCAGUAAAUGUACCCUAUCUGACCGGGGCUGUUUGAGGGAGUCGGGUGGUUUGGGUCCGGCCCAGAUGGAUGUGUGUGUCCAGCGCAGUCUGGAGGAGAGUCUAGCUACCGAAGCCUACGAGAGGAGGAUACGCCGCCUGGAGCAGGAGAAGACUGAGCUCAGCCGCAAGCUGCUAGAGUCGACCCAGACAGUCCAGGCCCUGCAGCACGCGUCAGGGGAAGGACCCGCACCCGUCCCCUCUAACAAGGAGGUGGAGAUCAGGAGUCUGAAGACUGAGAUUGACAUCCUCAAGAAACAGAUCGCAGACUCAGGUCAACUGGAGCAGAAGUUGGAGGAAGCUACGUCAGCCUGUCGAGAAAUGGAGGGUUCAUCCAAACACCUCAGGAGCCUGGAGAAACAGAUGAAGAGCCUUAACCUGGAGAGGGACGACCUGCACAAGGACUUAAUGGAGACCAGUGAGAAGAUGAAGAGUCAGUCUAAGGAGUUGAAAGAAGCCCACAGCCAGAGGAAGCUGGCCAUGCAGGAGUUCUCCGAGCUCAACGAGCGUCUGACUGACCUCAGAUCAGCCAAGCAGCGCCUGGGCCGUCAGCUCCGGGACAAGGAGGAGGAGAUGGAGGGUUUGUCCCAGAAGGUCGAGGCUCUACGGCUGGAGGUGCGCAAGGCCGAGAGGUCCAAGAAGGAGAUGGAGGCUCUGUCUGAGGAGCAGACAGCAGACGCUCAGAAGGAGAGGAAGCUGAGAGAACGAUCAGAGCAGCACUGCAGACAGCUAGAGGAGGAGCUGGACGGACUCAAGAAGCAGGUGGGGCCGUCAGCUUCGGUGGUGGGCUCGGACCAGAGCCAGGAAGUAGGGAAGCUGCGUGCCGAUCUGGAGAAGAAGACCGUGUUCUACGAGGAAGAGCUGAGCAGGAGGGAAGCGCAGCACGCCAACGAGCUCAAGGGCCUCCGCAAGGAGCUCCGCGACGCUGAGGGACAGCAGCUCACCCUGCAGAAGGAGAUCCUGGUCCUCAAGGACAAACUGGAGAAGACACGCAGGGAGAGCCAAAGCGAGCGUGAGGAGUUUGAGACGGAGUACAAGCAGAAGUACGAGAGGGAGAGGGUCGUUUUGACCGAGGAGAACAAGAAGCUCUCCAGUGAACUGGACAAGCUGACGUCCAUGUUUGAGAAGCUGAGCAGCAGCAACAGACAGCUGGAGGAGGAGAUGAGGGAGCUGGCUGACAAGAAGGAGAGCGUUGCUCACUGGGAGGCCCAGAUCACUGAGAUCAUACAGUGGGUGAGCGAUGAGAAGGAUGCGCGAGGCUACCUCCAGGCUCUGGCCACGAAGAUGACUGAGGAGCUGGAGGGACUGAGAAACACCAGCCUAGGUGCCAGGGCCACGCAGGACAUGCCGUGGAAGGUGCGGAGGUUCGCUAAGCUGGACAUGUCGGCCCGUCUGGAGCUGCAGUCUGCACUGGACGCUGAGAUCAGAGCCAAACAGACCAUCCAGGACGAACUGAACAAAGUCAAGGCCUCCAACAUCUCCACUGAGUGUAAGCUGCAGGAGUCGGACACUAAGAACCAGGAGCUGCUAGCUGAGAUUGAGAGGCUGAAGAAGGAGACGGAGGAGCUCCGCCUGCGCAGGGGUGUGAAGCACCAGGACUCCCAGAACUCUUUUCUGGCCUUCCUCAACGCCCCCACCACAGCCUUGGACCAGUUCGAUCGCUCUCCAUCCGUUGGGCCAACUAGCAAAGGCAGACGUGUGGACUCGGUGGAUAACUUCACUCCCUCCAACACUCCAUCCAGAAGCGAGGACUCCAAGUCCCAGCUCAAGUCUCGCUCACGGUCGCCCUCCAUGGCCAGCGACGUGGAGCCUAUAGAGUUGAUAGACCACCCCGCACGGCCAGUCCAGACCCCCACCAUGCGAUCAGGGGGGUAUGGUAGUAUUGGUCGCUCAUCACCCAAGCCCAAAGCCCACCAGUUUGUGGUGAAGUCCUUCAGUACUCCAACCAAGUGUAACCAGUGCACCUCUCUCAUGGUGGGACUCAUCCGCCAGGGCUGCACGUGCGAAGUGUGUAACUUCUCGUGCCACGUGACAUGUGCUGACAAGGCUCCAGCAGUGUGCCCCGUGCCACACGACCAGACCAAGGGGCCAUUGGGCAUUGACCCUCAGAGGGGCAUCGGCACUGCCUACGAGGGACACGUCAGAGUGCCCAAGCCAACGGGGGUGAAGAAGGGUUGGCAGCGGGCGAUGGCCGUAGUGUGUGACUUCAAGCUCUUCCUGUACGAGCUGGGAGAGGGCAAGGCCACAACGCCCAGUGUGGUGGUCAGUCAGGUCAUAGACAUGAGGGAUGAGGAGUUUUCAGUCAGCUCUGUUCUGGCGUCUGACGUCAUUCACGCCAGCCGCAAGGACAUCCCAUGUAUAUUCAGGGUGACUGCUGCCCAGCUGUCCGCCUCCUCCAGUCACAAGCCUUCCAUCCUGAUCCUGGCAGACACCGACCACGAGAGGAACAAGUGGGUGGGGCUUCUCAACGAGCUGCAGCGCAUCCUCAAGAAGAACAAGCUGAAGGAGCGCUUUGUCUACGUGCCCAAAGAGGCCUACGACAGCACGCUACCGCUCAUCAAGACCACGCAGUCUGCCGCUAUCAUAGAUCACGAGCGUGUUGCCCUGGGCAACGAGGAAGGCCUUUAUGUUAUCCAUGUCACCAAAGAUGAGAUCAUCCGCGUGGGAGACAAUAAGAAGGUCUACCACAUCGACCUGGUCCCCCAGGAGCAGCUCCUAGCAGUCAUCUCCGGUCGUAACCGCCACGUCCGCCUCUUCCCCAUGGCCGCGCUGGACGGACGGGAGAUGGACUCCUACAAGCUGGCUGAGACCAAGGGCUGCACGGCGCUGGUGUCCGGGCCCAUCCGAAACAACUCCCUCAUCUGUCUGUGUGUGGCCAUGAAGAGACAGGUCAUCUGUUACGAGGUAAACAAGAGCAAGGCGCGCCACCGCCGGCUGCGGGAGCUCCAAACCCCAGGUCCUGUCCAGUGGAUGGGUCUCCUGAGCGAGCGGCUUUGUGUGGGCUACCAGGCUGGCUUCACGCGCUACAGCGUCCACGGGGACUGUGCCCCGGUCAGCCUGCUGCACCCCGAGGACCACACCCUGGCCUUCAUAUCCCAGCAGGGCCUGGAUGCGUUGUGUGCCGUGGAGAUAUCCUCCAAGGAGCUGCUGCUAUGCUUCUCAGCCAUAGGCGUCUAUGUGGACUCGCAGGGCCGCCGCUCGCGCCAGCAGGAGCUGAUGUGGCCGGCUGUGCCUAACUCCGCCUGCUAUAACGCCCCCUACCUGUCAGUGUACAGUGAGAAUGCUGUGGAUGUGUUUGAUGUCAACACAAUGGAGUGGAUUCAGACCGUCCCACUAAAGAAGGUGCGACCUCUGAACCCUGAUGGAUCCCUGAACCUCCUGGGUCUGGAGACAGUGAGGCUCAUCUACUUCCGGAACAAGACAGCAGAGGGUGAUGAGCUGGUGGUCCCUGAGACUUCUGACAACAGCAGGAAGCAGAUGGUUCGCAGCUUGAACAACAAGAGACGCUUCUCUUUCAGAGUCCCUGAAGAGGAGAGGCUACAGCAGAGGAGAGAGAUGCUGAGAGACCCAGAGAUGAGGAACAAGCUGAUCUCCAACCCCACCAACUUUAACCACGUGGCCCACAUGGGACCUGGGGACGGCAUCCAGAUCCUCAAAGACCUGCCCAUGAACGUGCGUGUUCAGGAGAGUCGUGCUGCAGGCUUCAGUGGCUCCGUGUCUAUCCCCUCCAUCACCAAGAACAGAGCCGAGCCGGGACGGUCCAUGAGCGCCAGCAGUGGACUGGGCAUCCGUUCGUCAUCUCAGAACGGCAAUGCGUUGAGGAGAGAGCUGUCCGGGGGUAGCUACAGCUCUAAGCGCCAGACCAUGACCUCUCCCUCCGAGAGCUCCUUGUCCUCCGGAGGGGGUAUGGACGGCUGCAGCGACGCACCCCUAUCCCAGUUCGAUAGAGAGGACUCUGACUCGCCCCGUCACUCGACGGCGUCAAACAGUUCUACGUUCAGCAGUCCCCCCAGCCCAGCCUCACCCCACAAGACCAAGUCCCUCUCACUGGAGAGCACAGACCGCAUGACUGGCUGGGACACAUGAGUGACAGACCGCACACAGCUCCAAUCCCUGGCCCUCACCAAGCUCCCGGGCCCGCCCCCUUCCCGGACCCUGCCCACGGAACUGCACCCGCUGCCACAGGCCCCUCCCACUUACUUACUUCACCUUUGACCUCCAACCUAGUUCCCAAGAUGGAACUGAGAUCUACAAACAAACACAGGGAAAGGAAGUGUUUGACCAAGAGGGAAAUACUGGGAAAGUGUGUGUGUGUGUGUGUGUGUGUGUGUGUGACGUGCGUGCUCACGUUUGUGUGUGUGUGUUUUUGAGGGAGGGCAUACAAUAUAGGAAUUAAAAUGUACACCCCCUUUCAUCUGCUUUGUAGCUGAUAACCAGAAUAAGCGAAGCGCUGAGUUUUAUUGAGAGUACUUUUGAUUGCAGCACUACUAGCCCCGUAUAGAUUAUUAUGUUAUUGGCAACUCCUGUAAAGAGACACACAAACCUCAAGACGUGACAAAAAGAAGAGGAUAAUAUGAAACAACAGAUCAUUAGAUACGUGUACAUAGCACCCUUUGGGCUUGGCAGCCACCUUUUAUUUAUUCGUCUAUCUAUCGAAGACAUGGAGAGCAAGGUGCUUUGCAGCUAGAGGAGAAAGAGAGGAUGUUUUCACUCUCUCUUUUUCCUUCUGUUGCUUUCUUCCAAAAUGGUAGUUGGCAGCAGAAGAAGAGGGGGAAUUCCAUUUACAAUACAAGGCUCACAAAAUAACAUAAAAAAAAAAAAAAAUGAAGAAAAAAAUAAAGCAAUGUGUUUUUUUUUGCUCAUGAAGUGAAAUAUGUGCAGUGACUUAAUUUCUUCGUACCAUCAGCGAAAAGCUACAGUAAAGCAGUACAAAAAUAAAAGUGUGGUUAGGAGUAUUUUAACUCUAGGUGACACCUCGCUGGCUUCAUGUUUUUGAAUUCUUAGGGACAGCAGUGUUUAGAAGCAGACUGAACAUUCUAUGAUGACAUCACAGCUCCUUAUGUGACUUCCUCAUGACAUGGGCCAGUGACCUCAUCCAGUGAUCUGGGACCAUUUUCCAUGUAGUGUAGACCUAAUACCGUAAGUACAGUAAUAGACCAACCACUGAUCAAUUCCAAAAAGCCGAUUCCCAUCACAACCAUGUACAUAGGUUAAAAUCAGAGAAUAAUAUAUGAUAAGGGAAAUACUAUAGAGAAAUAGAUGGGAGAAGAUCCUCGAUUCCUGUUUAUCUUUUGAGUAUGAUUUGGGGUUAUAUUCACACGAAAGCCAUUUUAAACUUCCAGUUCCUCUAAUGAUUGCUUUUAGAUUUGUUUUAGUUUUUUUUUUCUAUUUCAUGUACGAGACAAACUGUCAAGUGUCAUUUUGAUUUGCGUUUGAGGAAACUAAUAUGGGUCGCAUGGACCCGUGCUGUUUAGUGAGUAUGUGCAUUUAUUUGAAGCAAUAGUCCUGUCACAGAUGCAUGCAUUCACACUUACAUGCACAAACCCACGCACACACACGGGCGUUUCCCCCUCCACUCUUUCCGCUAUGGUCCACAGUUAGAUCAGCUGAGGUGGGAUUGCGUCUUUCCUAACUGACAGUGAUUCUGAAACACUAAGUGUGUAUUUCCAUACUAUUCUCUGUGGUACCAACGUGUGAACCUCAAAUAUGUCUAUCCUUUGACUUCUGAGAGAGAUUUUGGAAAGCUUGUUAUAACCAAAAAAAAAAGAAUGACUUGGACUCGAGUCUUCAUUAGUUUUCAGACAGCCUUGCUUAUUUUGAAGAAUGUUUUGAUAGGUUAGGGGGGAAAAGAGAGAUGACAAUUGUAGAUGUCGAUAUGACUAGACAGACAGCGCUAGGCUGAAAUGGAGGUAAAAAAAAGAGUGAAAUAAUUAAAAAAAAAAUAAUGCUAGGAUGACAAGUUCAAUGUUUAAUUUCUGUUCCAAACCUCCCUGCUGUCAUUGAUAUGUUCUUACUAUUAACUGGUAAGCUGUAUAUUACUGUCUGGUAAUGCAAUAACCUUGAUACAAACCCAAAUUGGGGUCAAUUCCAUUUUUAUUAGGUCAAAUCAAGUUCCAUUCCAAUUUUCCUCAAUGCUUCUUUGUGACAAAUUUGGAAUUAGAAUUUCUGUUUACUUUCUGAAUUGCCUAAAUUGAAAUUGACCCCUACUCUAAUGCAAAUCACAGCAUGGUGUUGUUGAUGUGUAUUUAUGUGUGGAAAUGAAACAAGUUACUUGAUAUUGUUUCGGAGCUUUGGGUCGAGUCCCUAGAUCUUCUCUCUCGAGCGGAAGGGAGGGGACUCUUAUUCUGGAAAGGGGACUCUUUUCAUUUCUAAUGAGGAAUAAUUUUUAUGUUACAGACCAUUUAAUGAAUGGCCGUUGUUACUUACUGCUCAAAGGGACCUUCUGUCUUAAGGUUUAGGAGUGUUUGGGUGGGUUGAAGUGUACCAAGUAGUCAACAUGGCAGUUUAUCUAUCCUAGUCAGAAGUGUAUAAAAAUAUAAGACAAAAACGGAACAGAUUUCUGCUUUCAUUCGUGCCAUUGGGGGCCUAAACCUUAACCCUGAACCACAAUUCUAUUAUAUUCCCUUGAAAAUACAGUAAUUUAUCUCUAGCCUACUCAUUCCACAUGUUUUUAGAAUUCCAUUUUAUAUUGAGCUUGCAAAAUAAGAAUUUGCCUUUAGACGUCAGUCUCGCUAAGUUGGUUUUACUCAACCGUCUCAACUUAACCACCCCUCUUAAGAUUGCCUUUUAAGCUACCAAGAGACCCUAUUCAUAUCUGCUGGGCCUUAUCUGUAGAAUGUAUUAGCUGAGAGCGAAGAGGAAAUAUGAUAGACCAGGCUUUAUACUGUACAGUUAAAGCCAUGAAAUCCCACUUUAAAAAAGAAAAACUCAGGAAUGUCAGAACCAAUGAUUAUUUUCACCCUAACAAUGGAAGUGAGUGUGACAGAACAGACUAUACUUGGGAAAGAAGAGCUAAAUUUAGCGGUAGUGUAGCUAGCUGUGACUAGGCGUAAGGGUCUAAAGAUUCAGGUGGAAGAAAAGAGAGAAAACGAGGAAAAAAUCAGACAAGUGUUUUGAAUUAAGGAUGAAAAGGGGUGAAAGAGCAGAUGGAGGGUAGUAGUUUGAGGCUGAGGUGCCACCAUGAUAACCAUUUAAAAAAAGAAAACGCCUUUGCAUUUCAGUGAGGUCUUAUCUUCAGUUCCUUCUAUAUUAUUUUGUUCUUUCAUAUCAUAUUAUACACUUUGUUUUUCUAGGAUUGCUUUGUAAUAAUUUGUACAGUUUUGCAUGUUAUAGAUGUAAUCAUUUUUUUUUUUUUUUUUGGAUUUGUUUGUUUUUAAUUUUGACUUGCUCAUUUUAUUUGAACGGUUUGGGAGUUUUAUUGAGGAUAGCCCACUACAGGUGAUGUAGAUUCUUUUUGCACAGAAAUAUUUAAGGUGUAAGGUCAAACAUAAUGUAUGGAAACUGGCCACCACACUUGUGGAGAACUCAUUAUAUUAACCUGACUCCAAUGUAUUUCAAUAAAGCGGAGGGCUGUUACAAAUACGGCUUCACUGAG